CCAGUUUCUGAGCUUGAAAUACUCGAGCCAUUUUCUGUUCUGCCGGGUGCUUUAAACCCCAACGAGCUUGUCACUUUACUAAUCAGUAGCAUUUCCAUAAUGGCUUCGUACCUUACACUUGCCGAAAUCCCGACAUUGACAGGGCUGUACCGGACUAAUACUUUAAGGCCUCGUGCCAACGUCUCUGCUACGCCGCUUCAGUCUCUCAAUGAUAUUUUAUCUCACAUCCGCUAUGACAUCACGAAACUAGAAGUGGGAUGUAUUGUUAAUGCCGCGAACAGACGCCUCUAUGGAGGCGGUGGUGUUGACGGCGCCAUCCAUUUUGCCGCAGGACCAGGUCUUCACAGGGAGUGCCUUAGUCUUGAUGGCUGCGACACAGGGGAUGCAAAGAUGACAGAUGGGUAUAAUCUGCCGGCCAAAAAGAUUUCCCAUGCUGUUGGGCCGAUCUAUUUUGAACUCGAUCACGACGUGGCGGAGAGACAUCUUCGGAGUUGCUACCGUCGAAGCCUUGAACUUGCCGUUGAGCAUGAGCAGCGUUCGAUUGCCUUCUCAGCCAUCAGCACCGGUGUUUACGGAUAUCCAAGCAGGGAAGCAGCCACAGCGGCGAUUGACGAAGUUGGAAAGUUCUUGAGAAAGGGGGAUAAUAUUUCAAAAUUCGACAGGGUGAUCUUCUGCAGCUUUAUGCCCGUUGAUGUGAAGGCUUAUGAAGAGAGACUUCCAUCUUUCUUCCCACCUACCCCCGAAGACCUUGAUGCUGCUGCGGAAGAAGAUCAAGGCCAGACCCAGGAUGGUCCGUGA